AGUAUUCGAAUACACCGUGACUAUUUACUUCUGCUUAUUGCAUUUCUGCUUUCACGCUCCCGACCAUCGGAAAAAGGAAAAGAGGAAAAACGUACAACACAACUCUAAUCGUGGGCAACGUAUGUUUCGACUCACUCUUCGCCGGUGGUGCACAGCGUCUGCCACGGCGUCUGCUGCAACUGCCACGUCGUCCACGACCCACACACUGGGCACCGCCGCCGAUGUAAAAAGACCACUGCCAGACUUCUACGGCAAGAACUUCACUGUGACUCCGCGGACGUGGGAGCAAAUCAACAAGAAGAAUAGAGAGGAAGGCUUCGCGAACGACGCCCGGUACCUGCGGCUGGCUAUCGAUUCCGGCGGCUGCCACGGAUACCUGUACAAGUUCUCUUUUGAACCGGCGUCACAAUUCGUCAAGGACGAGGAUGUGAUGAUUACGGAGGCAGAUGCCGUGUCGCCCACGGGGGAGGAGGCCUUCACUGGUGCACAGCCCUCCCCUCGAGUCGUCGUGGACACGCUGAGUGUGUCGAAGCUGGACAAGGCCACCUUAGACUUCCACAGCGAGCUGAAGGGGUCUGCCUUCGUGGUCGUUGGGAAUGAACUGGUGGAUCAGUCGUGUGCCUGUGCCAUGUCUUUCUCCCUCAAAAAGAAGCAGUCGCACGGCUCUGCAUCCGCCGGGGCCGCCGCGGCGGGACGCAGCAGCAACAAUGGUGGAGGUGGAAGCUCCUCUGCUGACUCUCCGAGGUCUGGCGGCGAUGGUAGCAACGCUCGGCCGAUUGCGCGCCGCUCGGCUGCGCGUGCCAUCUCCUAA